UAGUGAUCAUUCGUCGAAGUGAGGUCAGAAACAUGUGGGGGCAAGGUGUAAAUGUUGCAGACAAUUCAGGAGUUUAUGUUGUAGACAACAACUCAGGAGUGCAAGUCGUGGAUAAUGAUUAUGGUUCAGGAGUUCACGUUGUGGAUAACGAUUCAGGAGUUCACGUUGUGGAUAAUGAUUAUGGUUCAGGAGUUCACGUCGUAGACCACGAUUCAGGAGUUCACGUUGUGGAUAAUGAUUAUGGUUCAGGAGUUCACAUUGUUGAUAACGAUUCAGGAGUUCACGUUGUGGAUAAUGAUUAUGGUUCAGGAGUUCACGUUGUGGAUAAUGAUUAUGGUUCAGGAGUUCACGUUGUGGAUAAUGAUUAUGGUUCAGGAGUUCAUGUUGUGGAUAACGAUUCAGGAGUUCAUAUUGUGGAUAAUGAUUAUGGUUCAGGAGUUCAGGUCGUAGAUAACAACUACGACUAUGGAGGUCGUGUUCAUACAGUAGAAUAAAUAAGGUAACAUUUAGAAGCAGUUGCAUUACGUCUUAUUAAUAAAUAUUAUAAAAAUCACUUUUAAAUUUAUCAGAAUAUACAAGCCGGUUCGAUAUGUACAGAUAAAAAGUGCGAACAACUCAUUUAUUUAUUCGACGAGCCGGUUGGCGUGAUUGGUAGAUACUUGCCUUUCACGCCGAAGGUUGUGGGUUCGAUUCCCACCCAGGACAGACAUUUGUGUGAUGAACAUGUCUGUUUGUCCUGAGUCUGGGUGUAAUUAUCUAUAUAAGUAUGUAUUUACAAAAGAAAAGUAGUAUAUGUAGUAUAUCAGUUGUCUGGUUUCCAUAGUACGAGCUCUGCUUAGUUUGGGAUCAGAUGGCCGUGUGUGAAUAAUGUCCCAGGAUAUUAUUAUUAU